GCACGCAAUACGUACAGCGUAACGCACGUUUGGGUCUAGGAGCGCCAUUGGAAGUUUGUAGAGGGUUAGAUAUUUUAAGAUUAAUAGCAAAAAAUGAUAUUCAACCCGUGUCCUUAAAUGGCACAUAAUGCUGUUGUUGCAUAUUAGAGACGGUCACUCAGUUCGGGCUUUUAUCCGCGCUUAAACUGCUGUUGUUUUUGCUCUUUCUUAGCUCACUGUAGCCACAAAGCUAACGUUAUUAGCAGCACUGCUAAGCCCAAGUUCCAUUCAUUCUUUGUAGCCAUAAUGUUAGUGUAGUCCCAGCUAACGGUGUGUGUGUGUGGGUGUGUGUGUGUGUGUGUGUGGGAAACGUAUGUUAGGUAUGGUAGCAAACUAGCUGUUGCUUCACACAGCGGGGUUAGAACUGUCACAUGCAGCAGACUGGCUGUUUGCUACAGCACUGCAUUAGAUAACACCGUCGUUAACGGAGAUAACCUAGCAGCUAACGUAGUAACAACAUUAAUAGUUGACCCUGUCCUUUGUUACAGCCAGUUAAGUUGUCUCUAACGUUCCUGGUCAACCUGACCCGUCAUGUAUCGUCCUAAACCAACUCUGAAAGACCGACAGCACCUCUACAAACUCAUCAUAAGCCAGCUGCUCUAUGAUGGAUACACCAACAUCGCCAACAGUCUCAUCAACGAGGUGAAACCACAGACUGUGGUGUCCCCCUCUGAGCAGCUGAUGCAGCUGGCAAAGAUAGGGAUGGAGAAUGACGACAGUGCUGUGCAGUAUGCCAUCGGCCGCUCAGAUACAGUGGCACCCGGUGUGGGUAUUGAUCUGGAAUUUGAUGCUGAUGUCCAGACCAUGUCUCCAGAGGCAUCAGAGUAUGAGACCUGCUACGUGACAUCCCAUAAGGGUCCGUGUCGUGUGGCUUCGUACAGUCGUGACGGCCAGCUGAUCGCCACAGGCUCUGCUGACGCUUCCAUCAAGAUCCUGGAUACGGAACGCAUGCUGGCCAAGAGUGCCAUGCCUAUUGAGGUGAUGAUGAAUGAGACAGCGCAGCAAAACAUGGAGAAUCACCCCGUGAUUCGAACGCUGUAUGACCACGUAGACGAAGUCACCUGCCUCGCCUUCCAUCCGACUGAACAGAUUUUAGCUUCCGGCUCAAGAGAUUACACCCUCAAACUCUUUGACUACUCUAAGCCCUCUGCAAAAAGAGCAUUUAAAUAUAUACAGGAGGCAGAAAUGCUGCGCUCAAUCUCCUUCCACCCGUCAGGCGACUUCCUACUGGUAGGAACGCAGCACCCUACGCUCCGCCUCUACGACGUCAACACCUUCCAGUGCUUCGUGUCCUGCAACCCGCUGGACCAGCACACAGACACCAUCAGCGGCGUCAGCUACAACCCCACCGCCAACAGCUACGUCAGCUGCAGCAAGGACGGCAGCAUCAAGCUGUGGGACGGCGUCUCUAACCGCUGCGUGACCACCUUCGACAAGGCCCACGACGGAGCCGAGGUCUGCUCCGCCAUCUUCUCCAAGAACUCCAAGUACAUCCUGUCCAGUGGCAAAGACUCCGUGGUCAAACUGUGGGAGAUCUCUACAGGCCGGACACUGGUCAAGUACACAGGUGCGGGGCUGAGCGGGCGCCAGAUGCACCGUACACAGGGCGUGUUCAACCACACGGAGGACUACGUGCUGCUGCCGGACGAGCGCACCAUCAGCCUGUGCUGCUGGGACUCGCGCACGGCCGAGAGGAAAAACCUGCUGUCUCUGGGACACAACAACAUCGUCCGCUGCAUCGUCCACUCACCCACCAAUCCCGGCUUCAUGACCUGCAGUGACGACUUCAGGGCCCGCUUCUGGUACCGCCGCACCACCACAGACUGAGAAACGUCUGGCCCUCCCCCCCCCAAACAGGACACUGGACUGUUUCCUUGACCUCACCGUCAUCUCUGAUCUGUGGUGUCUUUCAUUUUUAGUUCAUUUGAAACUGCAGUGGAAUUUGAGACAGUACAUAAGAAAGUUUUCAUUGCACCAUCGAAAGAGUAAAGAGCGGGGGCACUCUUCCUACACGUCUUCUCUUUUUGGUAACAACGUUUUGUGAACUUCUUUCACUGCUUGGAAACUUUUGUAACUCACAUCUCUCUCUGUGUCUCAAAUGACGGCGGAAUUGGUUUGUUGUCUUUUCCACUUUUAUAUUUUGUCGAUGUCCUUUUGUUGUAAUUCAGAUUUUUAUUAAACAAUGAAUAGGAA